AUGCUAACGGCAACCAUAAGCCAUAUCGCUAUAACAAAAAUGUAUAACUUGAGUAGUCAGUUUAUUUGAGAAUAUUUGACAACCCCAUAGAAUUUUAAUCUAUCAAGAUUCAGGAACAGCCGCUAAAAAAGCCGUUGCAUAUUUUUUGGUUAUUGAAAAAUUUGUGGUUUCACAACACUGUCCAAGUUUAGUUUUUCACUUGGUCAAAUAGUGAAGUUUGACGGGAACAGGAGCUUCUUCUUUUUCAAUUUGAGGCACAUACAAAAAUGAAUCCGUAUAUAUUAACAAAAAAGGGUCAGUUCUUGAAUUUUCGUUUUGCCAAACGUCUGUGUCAUCAGAAAAAUCGUCUCAAAAAUCUUUGUUCGUGAUUUCAUUAAAGAGUCAGAUAGGUUUCCUAACAGGAAUUCAGAGCAAACUGUUCAUCAAAAGAAUACUGAGCGCGAAGCCGCAACAACCCAGAAGGAGGAGCCGGCGAUAGCCGGCGGAGUCCUUCUGGUACAAUAUAUAUUAUUUUGAAUAUUGUACGUCUCCUUCCUCUCAUUUUCCUCUCACUAAUUCCCUCUUCAUUUCCCACACUCUCUCAUCUAUCGCGUCUCCCACUACUCUUCAUGUUUUCAUAAACAGUUUUGUUUAUAGUCUUCUUAACAUUUUUUCCUAUUUUCUUCCGUUUUUCGCGCGUAGAUUAGGUUUAGAUUUUAUACUUAACGCCAUCUGAUGUUCAGGUCGAAACGGCUUUACCGCGUAAUUUUAUUCAAUUAGUUUAUCUUUCUUUUCUUGAUUGAACAAGACUAAUGUUGAAAAUUAUAAAAAUUGGGGCCUUAACUCUGAAAAAUCGUUGAACUUUUUGGUUUGAAGAUAGGUUGUAGAUCUUAAAACUAUCGGCUCAAAAGAACAUUAUACAUAUAACUCAUAUUUUCACGAUUCUUUUUUAAUUUCCAAAAAACGGCUAUUUUUAAGGUCUGGAACAGCAGUUUUAGGUGCAUGCUUUGAUAGUUUCUAUUUUCAAAGGGUGUUUUGGGUAAAUAAUACAGAUUUUUCAAAAAUAUUCUCAUUUAGUUCAAAAAAUAUAAUUUUUUUCAGAUAGAUUCAAAUUUGAGCCUAAAAGUUUAUAUUACUUUUAUGUUUUUAAUCAUUCACAAAUAGAGAUACAAAAAUUAGUCAAACCCUAUAAUUAUGGUCUAUUUUUGUCAUUUAGUUAGCUCCCGUGUAACUUGAUCAUUUGAAUGAAUUUUUGUACUUAUCGAAUUUAUCUUCUUAUUACAGUUUAAACCAUCAACCAGUGCAGCAAAUCUAAUCGUUCACCACAACAAGCUUGAUAAUGGUGAGUUUUUUUUGUCUAAUUUUCCCCCACAGGCUUUUGAUUCUCGAUACUGGUUAAUUCUAUCAUGUGAUGUGAGAGUUGCACUUUAAGAGGUGAGUGUACUUUAAGGAACACAAAAACAUAUAGCUUGAAAUAGGCGUGGCUUUACUGAACUAAUAAAAAAAAACGAACGGCGAACAUUUGACUCGAGACAUUUUCAAGUCUGGCGUUUUCUGCCAGUGUUUCUCAUAGAGGAUGUAAUAUUAAGAGCACUGACUUUCAAGCUUUCUAGGUAUCCCAAUAUUGUGUCAAUGGGGUCACAUGAAAUGUCAAAAUGAAAAGCGUGUCAAAAGCUUCUAGCUAAUACUAAAUUUUCCCCCAAAAAAAUUACGUGAUGGUCCGAAAAAUUCGUUGAAAAGUAGAUGAAUAAUUCGAAGAAACAGCGAUAAGCAGAAAAGGGUAGAUAGACUUUAGAAAAGGACUUGCGGUUGCCAUAGAAAAAGAAGGGAGAAAAGCCGAGCAUGCUCUUCAGCAAAUCGAUAUGUUAAACCGAGAUAAUAUUUAGAAGAGAGAGUUGUUUUUUUGGAAAAAAACAUAUAGACAGAUUGGUGAUUAAGAAAAAAUAAGUACAGCUUUCGAAUUGGAAAUGAUGUGAUAGAAUGGGGCUUGUGGAAAAAAUUGCUUGACGUUCAAAGUCACUGUGAAAAGAAAAAAUGUAAAAGACGUUCUAUUUCACACUAGAAAAAUAUGAGAAGAAACCAAAGUUCGGAACAAAGCCAUUGGAAAAAUAAAAAAAACACUACAGGUUUUACCAUUUACAAGGAAUGAUCCAUUUAGUGAUUUGAGCUAGGACUAAGCGGAAAGCGGUCCAUAAACAAAAGUAGGAAAAAUUCUUAGUAUUUGAUUUUUGAUUGAAAGAUCAAAUUUGUGGUUCUGAUGUGAGUUAUCCAGGAUCAAAAACUUGGUUUGAAACUAAAACUAAAGUAACCGUCCAAUUUUUGUUUCUGUUGCUUGAGUUCAAACAAAAAUUGCUCUCAUUGAACAAGGAAAAUUUGUAGGAACUACAUAGAGAAGUUCUUGAUAGUUACAAGAUUUGAGAAACUUUUAGAAAUUCAAGCGUAUUUUUAUUCUACAAAAAAUUAAAGCCACGUUCCUAUUCUAAUAAUUGCACAAUCCAUUCAAAAUACUUUCAAAUUUUUUUCAGAUCAGCCAUCGUCGCCGUCACAAAAAAAACUUGUUGUUUUCGUUGCCGUCACAAAAACCAUCGUCGCCAUCACAACAAUUCGCUAUUUUAUUGUUCAUGGUGAGUAUUUUCUAUGUUUAACAGGUCUCGAUAUGCGAAUGUAA